AUGCGCCGUAUGCCCGAUGAAACGCCAUCCCUGCACAGAUCUGGUAAAUCAUACAGUCCACGUAAGGUAUCCUCCCGGUAUCGCCAAGCCGUCGUGCCGCAUGUCCUGGUCCAUCCCGAGCAGGACAAGAGGCCAUGCGACGUCGUCACGCAGUUGAGCAGUGACAUGAUCGAGAUGUUGCUCAAGCUUCGGGUCUUGUCAUACUGCGCCGCUUAA